AUGGCUACCGGAGUGCUUCCCAUUCCUCGUCUUACCAAUACCAACUAUGAGAAUUGGAGUAUCCAAAUAAAGGCGUUGCUUGGAUCUCAAGAUAUUUGGGACAUAGUCGAAAGAGGCUAUGUAGAAGCCGAAGAUAGAGAUAUUCUUACGGCGCAACAACGAGAGACUUUGAAAAAAGACAAGAAGGCUCUCUACUUCAUCUACCAAGGCCUAGAUGAGGCCGCUUUUGAGAAGGUUGCUAGUGCUACCAAUUCCAAGCAAGCAUGGGAGAUUUUACAAAAUUCUUACAAAGGUGUAGAAAAGGUGAAGAAGGUUCGCCUCCAAAGCUUGAGAGGCGAGUUUGAAGCUUUGCAAAUGAAGGAGUCCGAAGUUGUGUCGGACUAUUUCACAAGGGUGUUGACCGUUGUGAACCAAUUGAGGAGGAACGGUGAGACACUUGAUGAUAAUCGGGUUGUGGAAAAAAUUCUACGAUCCUUGGACCACAAAUUUGAUUAUGUUGUGGUGGCCAUUGAAGAGUCCAAAGACUUGGACACUAUGACGGUAGAUGAGCUUAUGGGUUCACUUCAAGCCCAUGAGCAAAGAAUACUAAAGAGAAGACAAGAGCCAUUGGAGCAAGUUCUACAAAGCAAGCUCUCCAUCAAUAACAAAAGGGAGGAGUCAAGAGGCGAAAGUAGCCAAAGAGGCCGUGGUCGUGGCCGAGGACGUGUUCAUGGUAGAGGUCGAGGUGGAUCUUAUGGUCGAGGUGGAUCUUAUGGUCGUGGUAGAGGCCGUGGUGACCACAACAAUAUUGAGGAAGGCAACCAAAAUCGUGGAGGAAGAGGACAAAGAGGUAGAGGCCGAAGCUACAAGAUAAAGCCUGAUCAGAUCUCUGUAUCUCGUUCAUUCCCCGAUGGACAGAACGUCCCGCUACUGACACUUGAAAAAGCAGCUUUCAAGGUCUCGUCGCUUCGGUGA